AUGCGCGCUUCAUUAGUCCUCGCCGCCUCAGCCGCCAUGUCAGCCCACGCCAUGGCCAUCCGCCGCGAUGAAGACCCCAACUUCAGCUGGCAAGCCCCCGAUGCCGCGGCUAAACGCUCACCCUGCCCGAUGCUCAACUCCCUUGCCAACCACGGCUAUCUGGCCCGAGACGGCAAGGAGAUCAGCAUGCAGGACCUGAUCACGGGGCUGGGCCAGGCCAUCAACUUCGACGAGGCGCUCGUUCGCACACUCGGGACCCCCGCCUUUGCGACGUCCACAACAGGCAACUCGAGCACGUUCAACCUCGACGACAUCGCGAAGCACAACGUGAUCGAGCACGACGGCAGUCUCUCCCGAGCCGACUUCGCCGUAACAGGCGACGCCAAGACGUUCAACGAGACAGUCUGGGACGAGACGAGGGGCUACCUGGAGGCGGGCGCGGUGGAGUCGACAGUCGACGUCGCGACCAUGGCCUCGGCGCGGAGCAAGAGGAUAGCCACCGCGCAGGCCACCAACCCGUCGUUCAACCUGACCUCGAGCCAGGUCACCGUGUCCCUGGGCGAGUCUGCCGUGAUCCUGGGGACGCUCGGGGGAAGCUUCACUGAGCCUGCCGCGCCAUUGGAGUGGAUGAAGGUCGUGUUCGAGGAGGAGCGCCUGCCGUUCAAGGAGGGCUUCAACACCUCAUCGGCGCAGAUCACCACCGCGCAGGUCCUCGGCCUGUCGCAGCUGAUUGCGACCAGCACUAGCUAA